UGUCCAAGUCCACUUACUUUUCUGGGUGCUGGGUUCCUAGUAAAGUAAAUUGUGGAAGAAUUAGGGGAGAUUUUGAUGUUGGUGUACCGUUUCAGACCUUCAUCACCUCUUCCUAGACGCCGACAGGGUCUUUCGCCCAAACGACCAUUGACCACGGUUGGUGCCCAGCCAACGUAGCGGGAGCCAUGCCUGUCCCCGCUGGAUACGUUAGCGACUCCCCCUCCGCGGCCUUCGCAUCCUCGGCCUUGCUUAUUCCGCCGCCACCGAUAAACACACAGCAGCCCGGCGUCGUCACUUCGCUGCUGUACAGCGGCUCCAAGUUCAGGGGCCACCAGAAGAGCAAAGGGAACUCCUAUGACGUGGAGGUUGUCCUGCAGCAUGUUACAAUGGAGGAUUCGUACCUGUGCGGCUACCUGAAGAUAAAAGGACUGACAGAGGAAUACCCAACUUUAACAACAUUCUUCGCUGGAGAGAUCAUCAGCAGGAAGCGGCCGUUUCUCACGCGAAAAUGGGAUGCAGACGAGGAUGUUGAUCGUAAGCACUGGGGCAAGUUUCAGGCCUUCUAUCAGUAUGCAAAGACAUUCAACUCGGAUGAUUUUGACUAUGACGAUCUGAAGAGCUCUGACUAUAUUUUCAUGAGGUGGAAGGAGCAGUUUCUGGUCCCAGACCAUACAAUCAAAGACAUCAGUGGAGCUUCUUUUGCCGGUUUCUACUACAUUUGCUUCCAGAAAUCCACAGCAACUAUUGAGGGCUACUACUACCACAGGAGCUCAGAAUGGUACCAGUCUCUGAACCUCACUCACGUACCCGAGCACAGCGCAGCAAUCUACGAAUUUCGGUGACCCCGUCUGCUCGUGUGAAUUUUUUUUUGCUUUCUGUGGAUGAAGACUUGAUGCAAAGCAGAGGUCUGUGGAUGCUAAUGAGGAUGCAAAACAAGUGGGCACGGAACUUUGAACUUUGGCAAAGUGCAAACCCGCACGUUCUCAAUGAACAGCUGAACGGUGCAUGAGAUACAGUAUAGGACAAAUGAAUGUAUUUAUCAGUGGGAAGGAUGAAAGAGAGCAACAAUGCUCCCUGGCUGGAGCAUUCAAAGAUAGAGCCAACACCAAAGACUGGGUGUGGUUCAUAUGGUCUACCCAUUUUUUUCCCCAUUUAUUUUAAUGUGUUUUUAAAGAUUAUGCUUGACACAGAAUCCCAGGACACUUUAUAAGCAGACUUGGGAGAUUUCCUCCUGCCACUAAAACGCGUCCAGCUUCCUUCCAGUCGAUACAGGCUGAGCAGCACCGACCGUUGGACACGGAUUUCUGUGAGGGGUCUGCUGUUAUAAUCAUACUAAAUAAAUUAUGUGUCUGUGGAAGAAAAUCAACAAGAGAGACAUUUGGCUCGAUUGAAGCUCUCGGAGUUUAAAGGUUUGAGCGUGAGCUAGCUUGUAAGCUACAAUGACAGUAUUUCUUAAAGCUAAGGCGGUUCUUUGUUUGCCUGCACAGAAUAUUUAGUUUUGUUCUGAAAAAUUAUGAGCGACGCACAAAAGCAACAUAUUCCCUGUUUGUGUUCAUAAAACUGCUAUUAUGACACGUAAUUGCUGUGGAUCUUGUAUCGGGGGUAGUUUGGGACAAGGAUGGACUAAAUGUUACUAAUGGACGUUGUCAGGAUUAUUUGUGUCCAUUUCAAAAGGUUCAAUGAUGCUUGUCAGGCUUUUAGUCUUUUUAAAGGUCUACAGCUACAUGUUUGUGUACGAACCUUCUUUUUACCCUGCACUUUGCAUUUCAAGAGAAAGUUUUACAUAUUAUUAUUAUUAUUAUUAUUAUUAUUAUUAUUAUUAUUAUUAUUAUUAUUAUUAUUAUUAUUAUAAAUGUCCCUGAAUAUGUGUAAACUAUGCAAUAGUUUUAGCAGAGAACUCUAAACAAAACCUUCUGCUUUCAGAGACAGAAUUCUAUUCUAUCCUUCUAUGGAAAAAAAGUUUUACCUUGAUUGAAAAGAAGUAUUUUUGUUAAAUGGCCUAUAGAGAUGUUCUCCCUGAUGUUCCAUGUGAUGGUGCCAUCUUUUCAAAUCCUAUCAGAGCUGUAUGAUAACAGACGUGUGUUUGUGUGAGAAUAAGCUUGGCGUUGAUUGGUAUCGUGACUGUAUAGAAUGGAUUGUUAUUUUGAAAACGGAAAACAUAAAAAAAAAAAUGAAUACUGUGUUUUGGUUUUCCAAUUAAAACUGUAUUUUUAUACCACAA